GAGAUUUGCCCGACACGAUAGGCCUCAACUACUUCCAGUACAUCAUGGGGUCAGUGGUGGUUGCGAAAACGCCGCUGACGCAGGAGGGAUUAGAUGUUCUCCUUGGGCUUGGUCCUGCAACUGCUAAAGACCCGCUCAAGCUUCCAGACGGAUCUUCAAUUAAGCUCUUAACUUCAAAAGGGCUCAUCGCGUCGCUCAGCUCCAUACUGCGUACUGAAGAGGACACCAUCCGACUACUACACGCGUCUGUUGCUGAUUUCCUUACUGACCCAGUACGCUGUACAGACGCUCGUUUCUUUAUUGGCAUAUCCAUUCAUAAUCGAAUUCUGGCACUUUGAUGCCUGGAGACUUUGGAA